GAAAGGGGAAGGAAGGAGAGGGAAGAAUGGAAGAGAUUGGAGAGAGAGGGGAGGGAGGAAGGGGGUCGGGCAGACCACAGUCCCAAUCAUCCCUGGCCCUUCCAUCUCCCUGAGGCUGGGUUGCUUCUCUUUUGGGGCAGAUGCUGAGCCUGAGCACUUGGCCAACCAGGCCUCCCUCCAGCCGGCCAUGCUGCACUCCUCCAACCGUCCGUCGGAGCCCCCAGCGGACCUUUCGCUGCCUGAGGCCUACCACAUGCUGGCCGCCCUGAUGCAGUUCCCCGCGAUGUUCCUCCUCUCGCUGGCCAUCUAUAUGCGGAACUGGGUCUGUCUGAAGCCCGAUAACAGCCUCCCCGGACCCCAGCCCUUCGCCCUCUACACCUUCGGGCUGCCCUACAGGUUGGACACCUCGCGGAACACCUCCGAAUAUUUUUUCCAGACGGACCGACAUCCCCUCAGGCUGAUCGCGAUCAUGGUUUGCUACCUGAGCCUGUUCUUUGGCGUCACAGCCUUCCUCCUGGACUGCCUGGGCCUCCCGGUGCUGGAGAGGCAUCGAUCCACGCUGGUCUCUUCCUUCCAUAUCUUCUCAGGGAUCUCCACCCUGGUGCUGGUAGCGAUCUGCGUUUGGUGCUUUGAGAAGUCCUGAUCCUGGGAACAGGCAGACAAUCAAGUCUGCAGCCGGCCUUUUCCCCCCUCUCCUGGAAGCCGUGUCAGGCGGAAUAUCCCUCAAACCCACGGCUCUGAAUGGAUCAACAAUCCAGGGAUUAGAUCAGUUCCUGAGGCUUCAUUAAGACCGGCUGGUUCAAUGGGCUUUAACAAAGCCGUUUUGUAGCUACUACAGACUAAUGAUUUUGAGAUCUGCAAGAAUUGCCACUGACUUUGUCUCUAGAAAUUCCCCCUGGCAUGAAGUCUGGGCCCCCCAGAUGCUCUCUGUACAUACAGCAGUUGGACGGAUGGACGCUAGCUGCUUUUUUCAGCCGCCCGGGGAUAUUUCACUUCUAUUCCAGCAUGAGCCGGAUACCUGUGUUUCGCGACGAAACUAUGAGAUCGGGCUAUGCAGGAGAGAUUCUCUUCACAAUCCGUUGGCUCUGUGGUGGUCAGUGAUUGAAACACAUAAGGGAACAUCGCUCCCGCUGCCUUGAGUCCGGAAGUAGUUCCAUAGGUAGAAGGCGUAGAUUUUUUGGCGAGGUACCGACAUUUAGUAUACUGUAAGGAGCCCCAGACCGCUCCUGAGUGAAGGAGUGGAACA